UCACACGCACGCGCGUGUGUGUGAGUGUGUGGUGGCUACUUUACCUUGGGGGACGAUGCUGUGACCAGGACCCCUUCUCCCUCCCCUCCCCCAUCCACACCAUCAUGAAGAGUCCCCCUCUGGAAGGUGGAGAAGGGCCCUGCGAGAUCCUACAGGAUGCAGUGCACUCUGGGUUGUCCCUGCUGGCGGGCGGAGGGGGUGAAGGUGGGGGCGUAGGUGGGGUGCUGGGGCUUGACACGCAGGAGGCACCACGAGCACCCCAAGAGGCUCUCACCUUCCUCCAGGGAGACCUCGUCCCGCACACCAACUUCACGCACACCUUCCUCAAGUCCAUACUCACCUCCAUCGACAGCAAGGACCCUGUGGUGGCUAAUGCGUGGUUGGAGACAUUGUUGGAUGUAAUAGACCUUCUUCCCAAAGAAGUCAUUAAAGAUGAGAUUUUAACUCUAGCAGUGAGCAAGGGCCAAUCCCAGCAGGUGUCGGCUCGCCUGGCUGCCUGUAAGCUCAUUGGAAAAAUAGCUACCAAGUUCGAACCAUUCCUGUUGAAAACUGAAGUAGUUGGUGUUGUACAAAGCUUGUGUCAAGAUGUAUGUGGAGAGGUACGAGGCAGUAUGUGUAGUCAGCUGGCUGCUGUGGCAAGGGGUCUGGGUCUGGAUGCCACCAAGACUCACAUCCUGCCAGAGCUUGUGGAUCUCUGCUCUGACGAGGAGACCAAUGUGCGGUUGGCCGGGAUAAACACAGUAGUGCUUAUGAUUCCUCUGCUUGAUGAUGAAACUCGAGUUGGAACACUUGUUCCACUUGUGAGGAAGGUAUGUGAGCGAGCACUAAGAGUAGAAGACGCAUCUUUACCUGUAACUGCACAUCUUUUGGGCCGCAUAUGCCACGGGCUGCAUGAUGAACUGACUGAAGAUCAGAAGAACUGGUUCUUGAAUUUUUACUGUACACUAGCAAAGUUGGGACUCCCUGACUCCAAAAAAACAGAACUUCCGAUGCCAGAUUUGGUAGCAGAAGUUCGUAAUGGAGAGUAUGAGGCCGAGUGUCGGCAGCAGUGUGCAUAUAAUUUGCCAUGUAUGGUAGCAUUUGCUGGAGGAUCGACCACCUACCGAACCAGUCUGCACGAUACGGUCUCGUCUCUCAUUACUGAUCCCAGUCAACAGGUUCGAACAACUGUAGCAGCAGCCUUUCAUCAGCUGUGUACUUUGGUGGGUAGUGAGGUGGGACUUGUGAAGGAGGGACUUCUACAGUUGUUACGCUCUGAAAGCCUGGACAUAUUGGCAGCAUUAAUGCCCAACCUUCCUCAUAUAAUCACCACCAUGCACAGACACAAUGCAGUUACUCCACAGUCUCCUAGAGGAGAGCUUAUGGAAGUGGUGGGGGCCAUCAAGCAAGGGGAGGAGACACUGAGCAUCACAAGCAUGUGGCGAGUGCAUGCUGAAGCUCUGACUCAAGCAGCUGCUCUCGCUCCCUGCCUUCCCACCGACCUCAUCUUCACUCAACUUGUUCCUCUUAUGUUCAUUAGGAUGCAAACAGCUCGGCCAAUUCCAUGUCGACUUGCAGCAGCCAGGACUCUGCUGGUUUACCUCCGACACAUGAACACCUCGGAGCAGAGAGAACAUAUCAGUAAUACUCUUGUGUCAGAAUUUUGUGAAGGAAAUAGUUGCCACAAGCGAAUGCUGUUUCUCAACGUAGCUACGAUGGUUCUAGAAAUGUUCUCCAAGGCUUUCUUCAAGUCUUAUUUCUUCAGGCCACUACUGUCUUUACAUUGUGAUCAAGUCCCCAACAUUCGGUUGAAGCUGGUAGUGCUACUUCCCCAGAUGAAAGCCACAAUUUCACUGCCUGAAGAUAAAGCCAGGCUUCAGGAGCUAGAGACUGUAGUGGGCAGCUUACUAGUGAGCGAGAAUGACAGGGAUGUGUCAGCGGCCAUAUCUACUACUAUCACUCAGCUCGACAAGAUUGAAGUCUGUGAAAGCCAGCGUGGUUCUCCUGAAGGUGAAUCAGGUGGGCAGGAGACAGAGGAUGAAAGAAGGGAGAGACAAGAGCGAAGAGUUGUUACAGAUUCCAAGGCUGUCGACAAAAAAUCUCCAGAUGGAAACCGAGGUGAUGGAGUAGGCCUAGGUGAGAGGCGCUCGAUACAAAGGUCAUCCAACCGCCGCAGUUCGGGCAUUGGUCGAUUACCCUCAUAUUUAGAAAGAAGGCGUAGCAACUCUCAUGCACCAACAAAACCACCAGAUGAAUGUACAAUACUACGUGGUGGUGCGUAUCAAGCUUCUACUACUAACACAUCUCCUAGCUCUGCUACUAACCCCAAUGAAUGGUCUCUUGAUGAUGAUGAUGAUGACAACGAGUUGGACAUAAGCGACAUCUGUGAUGAGGUCCUCCUUAGUCCUGAAGAACCUAGCAUUGAUUGGGAUGAGCAGCUUUCUCCUGAGUCACCAAGAAUCAUUAGAGAGCCUCCAUCUUCAGCUUCAUCACAUGUCUCUAGAUCACUGCACUCAAGAGAUAGACACUUAGAAUCAAGAGAUUUGCACUCAGAUUCAAGAGAGAGGCAUUCAGAUUCCAGAGAUAAUCUCUCUGGUUCAAGAGAUGGUCUCUCAGGAUCUAGAGACAAACUUUCAGAGUCAAGGGAUCGUCACUCAGAUUCUCGAGAAAGACUUUCAGAUAAACAUACCAAACAUGUGUCUUCUCGGCGACCACCUUAUGCAUCUUUACCAUCAGAUAGUGGUGAAAAUGAAGAUAGAAUAUCAGAGAAGCUUUCAGCCAGAGAGGUCUUCUGGUUGCGCACAUCUCGUCCUCGUUGGCGGAGAAAAGUUGCAUCAGCAGAUACCAGCCCUGAAGAGCCACGGCGAAAUAGAUUUGGUCGAGGAUGGUCAAUUGAUGGACGUGGCAGUCACUCAGACACUGAAGAUCCAGAUAUUCUAUAUGAUGGCCGUCGUCAGACAAGUAAAGAAACCAAAAUUCAGUCAAGCUCUCACAAUACUGCUAGCCCACCAAGUCCACAUGGUAUGUACACUUGGCCUCCACAACAUACCCGUCACCGCCACCAUAGUGCUUCAGAGUCAGAGGAAUAUGAGAAUGAACCAGAACCAGGACCUGGUCACCAUGACACAUCACAACACCCUGGUAAUUCCUAUGAUACAAUGUCAUGUCGACGUACCCCUUCUACACAUCUCUAUGAAGCUCCCAUUCAUAAAAACCGUCAUUUUGAUGUUUCUUCUCGAAGGAAUGAGCCAUCUGAUGCAUUUAACACUCGCUCUCAUCACUUGGAUAAACCCUCUAAACGCCACAGCAAAAUUUCCAAUUAUUCAGAUUCAUCUACUCAUUUCUACAGUUCAUCCAAUAAAGAAGAAAGUUCUUCCAAAAAAUAUAAUACUUCUUCAUGCUCUCUGGACCCAUCUAUCCACCACUUACAAUAUGGAAGUCAUGCAAGUGAAAGUAAGAGUUCUACAAGUGGCAGACAACGAGAGCGAUCCCCACAACCUCUACCCGGCACCAGACCUCAUCAUGUUGCUUAUCCUCUGGAUUCUGAAGAUCCUUAUAUCUAUCAUGGUUUUCCCCCAACCCUUCCUCCUCAUCUUUCUGCAAUGUACUCUCCCCGAUCUCUUCCAACACAUUUUUCAUAUGAUCAUCCUGAAGAGUACCUAUCUUCUCUUGCUUUUACUGAACCAUUUAGCCCUGACCCUUAUCAUGCAGAAAUGUUUGCUGCUGCUGAAUUUUAUCCACGAGAACCUUAUCCUCAGUACAGUUAUGAUGGUGAUAGAUCCCGGGGAGCCCAUGAGCAUGAAGCUAGAAUGAUGGAGCAGCCUCUCCAUUCAUAUUUUUUAUUAGACACUGCAGAACUAGCACCUUGGUCCUCGCCUCCAGCUUAUCCUAUUGGACCACUAGGUGCUUCCUGGUUACAACAUGGCCUUCACCCUUUGGCUCGCAUUCCUCCUUGUCUUAUUCCUACACCUUAUUCCCGCCCUAGACCCCAUAUCCCUCUUGCCUCACCCCCAUGGCGCCUUACUCAUCCUGCUUCUCUCCCCAGCAUGUCUACACUCGACCCCACUACGGAUGAGUUCUUGGUUGAUGCUGGUAUUCGUAUAGAUGAAUCAGUCAUCAAUAGUCGUCUGCCCACUCCACAGAACAGUGCUUCACGGAUUUCUCGCUGGAGGGCCUCAGAUCGCACUUAUGGUAGCCAUCUAUCUACGAACAAUGAAGGUGGUACUAUGGAUAACAAGAAUCGUGGUAGCAAUAAUUUGGGUAGUUCCCGUUUGAGACAACCCUCCUCCAUUGCUUCAGUAAGUAGAAUACCAGCACCACCAGGUGCAAUAGGGCACCAGAGUGAGUCUCCUCGUGGUCAGGAUAACCAGACUAUUAAUCAUAGGGAUAGUCAGAACACUUCAGGUUCAAGAAGAGGCAGCCAAGGUGGCAAUGGAUCAACUGUUAACAAUGUUGUUACGCGUCUUCGACCACCAUCUCGUCCCAACAGACCAGUUUCAACUGUUGCUCCAUCUCCAUCUCGUGGGCUGCUUCCAUCACGUACAAAGUCUCUCAGUCAUGAAAACUUGCGCACAUCUCCUUCCAGAUUAGCUCUUCCAACUUCUCCAUCAGUGUCUCCAAAUUCUUCCCGUGCCACUUCCCCACAAACUUCUCCACAGGAAACUGAAAAUCGUCCUAGAACCCUUAAUGUGGUGGGGUCACGCUUGAGGCAACCACAAGUUCGUACUCCUAGAAACAGAGGAUCUAGACCUACAAGUUGCAGUUCCUCCCCAGGGGGUUCACGCUGUUCUUCCCCAGGGCUGGAUGGACCCAUUAGUGGCUUUGGCAGAGGUAGCCGCAGCGGUAGCCAUAAUGGGAGUACAAGUUCAUCCCCAGCCUCUUCUCGCUGCUCCUCACCUGCUGCAGAAGAUCUGCGUUCCUUGACUCGGGGUUCACAACACAGGUCAUCAGCGUCUGUGACACGUGCUAAUUCAUCUACAACUAGAUCUGGUCGUCAUACUUCUAACUCCACUUCUGAACAAGUUACCACUCCUCCCUCUCCAAUACCUUCACCACGUUCCCAACGUCAGGGUUCAUCCAUUCCUAAGCCAUCAUCUGUUUCAAGGGGAAAACCAGCUGGGAGUAAAUUGCCCCUUCCUACAUCAGCAAGAAACUAGUUUUAGUACAGUCUUUGUUACAUCAACUUAAUUCGUAUUUCUUAUAUGAAUUAUUUUUGGAGUACUUAAGAGGUGAGCUCAUGUUUUUUUUUUUUUUUUUUAAAUAUGGUCUCCCUUUAUAUGCAGGUAUUAAGAAAAUAACAAUUCUGAAUGCUAAUGAAUGCUAGGAGUCAAAACUAGGAACAUUUUUUUUGUGUUUUUCAAGCAUGGCUAGACUCUUUUAUUUUUUAAAUUUUAUGUACAUUGUCAAGACAGGCAAGUGUUUCAUUUGUUUAUAUUUUAUGGUCGCAUCUCAUAAAGAUUAUAUGAAGUGUGCCUAAAGUUAUGUGACUUAAAAAGACUUUCAAGCAUAUUUUGUUAUCUAGUCAACAGCUUUAUAUGAUUUUCAAAAUGUAAACUAUAUUGGUGAAUAUAGGCCAGUUUACUUAACAAAAAUUAACACUAUAUAAUAAUAUUAUAUACAAAUACAUUAAAAACAAAACAAAAAAUCUGAUGAAUAAUGUACCUAAUUGAUAUAAUAUUCCUGAAAAAAGCAGGUGCCAUUUCCAAAAGCCAUUGAAUAGGUUGUGAUAACUUUUGUUUUUUUAUGUAAUCCAAGUCUUUGUUUGGUUGUUGCAUGAUGGUGCCCAUUAACACAUACUAGAUCAAGAAUCUAUUUUUGUUAUAGGAAACAACAAAUGGCACAAUAUAUUAUUCGAUAAUUAUAGGUAUCCCCCAGCAGAAGUAUCUUAGGGUAUUAUUAAAUAUCUUUGUUUUUCUUUUGUUUUAUUUUCGUCAGGGUAUCUGUUCGCUAUCCCAAGAAUACUUCAUUGUAUUGGCUUGAAACUCUGCAUUCCUAAAUUUUAGUUAAAAAGAAUGCUGGUAUUGAAAAUAAGCAAUGAAGCCCCCAUGGCAACUCUGUUAUUUUUCAUGUAAUAUCUUUUGGAAACAUCAGUGUUUUGCCUUAAAACCUGAAAUACUUAUAUAUUGUCAUCAAACAUCUAAAGUUCAUUUUGCUAUUAGGCAGUGUAUCAAAAUAACAACACAAUAUUGUGUAUUUCUCUUUUAUUCUCUGCAAUAUUUUAAGAAUGCUUCAUCAUAUUUGUUUGAACCUGAAACAUUUAAGUAUAAUAAUACAGUCGAGCUUCCUAAUUAAUAUUGGGAAGUGUAGCCUUCCCAGGAUGCCAUUUUUAGUAUAAAAUAAAAUUCAGUACUCAAAGAUUCUUAGCAAUAAGGAGAAAUCAUUAGUGACAAGCCCCCAAGAGUUUUAUCAGCAAGUAUGGAUGUUCAUCUUUCCCCUCCACAUCUACUCCAAUACCCAACACUCACACUUCACACACAAGGCCUUCCUCCUAGCCCUCUACAUCUACCCCCCCUCCACUUACACUACAACCCACAGGGACAAGGGGGUAAUUAUAUUUGUAAUAUGGUUUGUAUUGUGAGAUAUGUCUGUUAUAGAAACUAGAGAUACUGGAUUUACUUUGGUUGGCUGCAUUUGAAAAGUAUCGAGUUGACAUUGACUGUGAUUUAGGAUGACACAAAGCUAUUGAUCUUCGGUACAGAAAUAAAGCCGUAAGAGUAAGAAGUAUUUAGAAAUAUUAAUGGUCGGCAAAUGAUCAUGAAUUCUUUUUAGUAAGUGCAAUACCAUUAUUAUUUAUUUGUUUAGUUAUUGUUAAACUGUAUGUAGCUAGUAAAGUUUGCAAUACAUGUAGAUUUAUUAGAAUAAUGCAAAUAUGGUAAUAAGUUCAUAGAUUAUUUAUGAACAAAUUUAUUUAAAUGUUGAAGUUUGAUGACUAAGUGAUAAAUACUGGAUCAUCAAUUGAGGACUUAAUAUAUUUAAGUGAUAUCUCCAUUCUUUAAAUGAAUGAUUGAAGUGUAAUUUCAUGCCAAUAUUAACAUAUUGUCAAGUGUUGCCAACUCGCCACAACAUUUUGGGUGUUGUCAUUACACUUGCGUAUAUGCUGUAAGAAAUGACCCAUGCAACAGGAAAAGUGGGUCACUUUGUUUUGAAUACAUGCCUGAAAGUCAAAAGUUAAAUGAAGUGUGCUGUUGGCAUUAUUCAUGGCAAUAUGUUCAUCUUUAUUGGCAUGCACUCAAUUAUAUAGAGUAAUAGCAUUCUAUUUAAUUUAAAUAACCUUAAAACAGCCUUAUUAAUGCACACAAUACAUAACAAAUGACCGGUGAGAACUAUAGGUAAAGUACACUGGCCAGAGAGAAAUUUUCUGAAUGAACAGAUUUGUAUUUGUAUUGUAUAACAUUUAUUAUCUCGAAGAAAGUAUCAAGCCUCAGCAUUUUCUUUUUCAUUAAGCUCAAUCUAAUAUUUAUUAAAAAUAACUUUAUUUUUCCUUGUCAAUGCAUUUGAAGCUAAGAUUUUUGUUUGAAUGUUGUAAUAAAUGUGAUUUAUAUAACAUACAUUUUUAAGAGUGAAAUGUAUUUCAGUAGUCAAUUAUAUUGACAGUAAUGUUGUUAAUUUAUUCAUAAUAUGUACAGACAGCAUUUCAUUUGAUAUUCAGGGUUAAGUAUAUUUAUUGUACUAUUUAAUAAUAUAUAGUUGAGAUGCUUUAGUAUUUGCCAAAUACUGUAUUGUUAAUUGUAACAAAUUUAAGCAAUGGUUCUUUGCCUGAGCAGCUAAAAUUUAUUUUAUAUAAUAAAUAUUUAGUUUUGCAUAUUCUUUUGUAUUAAACUGUUGUAAUUAUUUGGUAAUGUUUAUUACCAUGAGGAUAUAUGCUUGGGGUUUAAUUUAAUUGAUCUGUACAAUUUUAUUCUCUUAAGGUAUAUUUUUACUUAAUAUGAUUAUCUGUAUUUUCCAUUGUGCUAAUACAGGUACUUUAGAAAUAUAGCAACUACAAUUGCAGUAUUUGUUUUUGGAACAAAGUUAAUUUAUAGUAAACACAUUUGAUUAAUGAUAUAUAGAUAUCUUAUUUUUUUAUUGAUCAUUAAUGCAUGAAAAACCCAUAGAUACACCUACAAAGAAGACUGCAGCUGCUUGAGUGGAAGAUUGUGAGAUUGGUGCUGUUCAUUCUAGUAGCAUAGUUGUAAAACAUUAAUGGUAAGACAUCCUAUCUCACUCUGAUGCCAGUACACAGUAUUUUACACAACUGCAUUUUUUGGGUAGUAUAUUAUCACUAAUUAUCAGGUUUUAAGAAAUUUAGUACAAACAAUUUAAUAUGUGCAUUGUGUAAAAUGCUAUCAUAGUUGUAUUAUAUUGAAGUAACUGUGGUUUCAUUUAUGCCAAGUAAAUAAUUGUUCACAUUUAAUUAGUAAAUUUAAAUAUAUAGUUAAUACAGUCUUGAUAUUUUCAAAGUUCAUAUGUUUGUGUUUAUUUAUACCAGCGGCUUGGUAAAUCUCGCUACAUAUGUCUCGGUGGAGUGCUCUAACAUGCUGAAGAAAAGUCAUAUCUGAAAUACUGCAGCACUCCAAACUCGCCAGUUCCAAGGUUACAUAAUGUUGAAAUUGUUGUAAUGAAUUUUUCAAACCAUCAUUUGUUGAUUAAGAAUAUUUGUAAUUACAAAAUGAAUAUACUGUACAGUAUUCCCUAUGUUAAAAUAUUUUAUUGAAAAAAAGAAUAGUUUAUAGCAUUGAAGACCCAAAUGCAGAACUAGGAUUGUAGUUAUCAGUAACGGUUACUUGCCAUGUGUUGUACUAAUAUUAUUCUGAAAUCAUUAAGUUUAUUGUAAGUAUUCCAUUAAUUAUCUUGACAAAUAUGUAUGCAACUAUUACCUAGUCGUGCUUUUCAGUAAAGGUUUGUAGAACUUAAGAAUAUAAUAUCAGUAACUUCUAUUGUAGAGCUCUUACAUACAGUUAUUUCUUUACAAAGUACCCAGAAGAAGCAAUAAUGCCACUACAGUGGAAAGAUGGAACAUUCUACUGUAUAGUGAAUAUCAGGAUGAAUGUAGCAUAGAAAACACAAGUAGUUCUCAGUGUAUAUUGAAAAUUGGUGCUACAGUAUAAUAUUCAGUUUCAGCAUUUAGCAUGUAUGAAUAAUCAAACUCUUUUUCAUUUUUAAUCACCAUUUUGUGGCAUGUUUCAAUAAUGGCAAAAACCAUACUAGGUACCCUACAUAAUACCUAGGUACCCUACAAAUUUGUGAUAGUCAUAAAUGAUACUGUACCCACAAAUGAUACUCAUACAGCCCAAGCAUGCUGAAGUUAUUUGAUGAAAUAUGUGCCCAAAAUGAUCAUAAGCGCUGUCAGGUAUUGGGGUUAAAAGUAAGACGACUUCCCAAUACUUUUGUGCAGUCUGUAACUAAGUGGUUAUAGUACUGGACAUGCCAAGGGGCAUGGAGGCUCUGGCUGACCGGGUUCAGCUAAAACAGAUUCAAAGGUAUGCCACAGAACUAGUCCCCAAGAUGAGAGGUAUAAGCUACAAGUAAAGACUACUGAAUUUAAACCCUCACAACACUGGAAAUUAGAAGAGGUAGAGGAGACAUGAUUACUACUGAUAAAAUUCUCAGAGGAAUUGACAUAGUAUAUAAAGUCAAACUAUUUAGCACAGGUGGCAUAUAAACAAGGGGACAUGGGUGGAAACUUAGUACUGUAUGCAGAUGAAAAGUCACAAUAACAUGACUGAAAAAUGUUAAUCAAACCACACACUAGAAAUUGAAGAGACGAUGACGUUUCGGUCCGUCCUGGACCAUUAUCAAGUCGAUUGUGAAGAGACGAGGGAGGCAAGAGAUUGCCUCCAAAGAUAAGAGCAAGGCAAAGGCUUGCUCUUAUCUUCCUCUAAGAUUUCAGUCUCCUCACCUCUCUGUUGCCUUAUUUAAUCUCUUGCAUCCCUUGUCUCAUCACAAUCGACUUGAUAAUGGUCCAGGACGGACCGAAACAUCGUCAUCUCUUCAAUUUCUAGUUUGUGGUUUGGUCAACUUAGAAUUGUACUCAAAUGAGCCACAGAGCCAUUAGAAAGAUUUUUUAUUUGGUCAAUUCUUAACAAAUUAUUAAAUUUAACUAUUAAAUUAUUAAAUAGUUAACAAAUUAAGCAUUUUGUAGUGAUGUGGUGAAGGCAAACUCACUCACUCACUUAGGCAGACUUUCUAUAGUACAGUGAUAUGAUAUUUAUACAAAUAAAUAAAUGGUUAAAUAAAGACUACAGUAUUGACAUACUAAGAUAAUAAUAGUCAUAUUAUAAUAAGCUAUUGAUAAAUAUCUUGUCUAUGAUGAGUAAACAUCAAGUCCAUUUAGUUACCAAAAAUUUCCUGUGAAGAAUAAAAUGGUAUAUUUUUGAUUAUGAAAUCAAUUGCAAAUUUUGAUGAGGACAUAUAACAAAUAUGGUGAUGACAAACUUUAAACACGAUGGAAACAUAACGAGUUUAUAGAUCAUACAACGUGACGGUACAAUAAAUGGGAUACACAGUACAUGUAAACAUCUUGGUGUGUGGAGUUAGCAUUACACGUUUAACGGUUUGCUGUACUGUAUUGUACAGUAGAAGGAUUAUAAAUAUUCUGUAGAUAUAUAGACUGCAGUAUUGUUAAGUAAUGGUGUGCUAAAA